GCGUGACUGACAGCAGCCGGGACUUCCUGCAGGGGAGCUGCUGCAGAGCCCGACCGCUUUGUAUGUGAGCUAUCUGGGGGUGGGGGGCAGGGCGGUGAAGGGGAACCCUCGGCUGGAGACCUUGCGCUGCUGCCAAGGCAGAGGAAAGGUAGCAGAAGCAGCGGCUGGGGAAGGAGGCAGCGGCUGCACUGCAGAAUAACAGGAGCCCCCACCCCCCUCGUGCAGAAGGGAAGAGAGAGAAGAGCUGCUGCUGUCACUGCUCCAGCAAGUCAGGUUUGUUUUCUGUUUACAAGCCUGAAGAUGGCUGCUUCUUCCUCCUGCAAUGUGGAAGAAGAUGAGAGCCUGAAGGGAUGUGAACUCUAUGUUCAGAAACAUAACAUCCAACAGAUUUUGAAAGAGUGCAUUGUAAAUCUUUGCAUAGCAAAACCAGACCGGCCAAUGAAGUUCCUUAGAGAACAUUUUGAAAAAUUAGAAAAGGAAGAAUGCAAACAAAUAUUGGCUCGGCAGAAAUCUAAUUCCCAGUCGGAUUCUCAUGAUGAUGAGAUUUCUCCUCCUCCUCCAAACCCGGUGGUGAAAGCUCGACGCAGAAGGGGAGGUGUCAGUGCUGAGGUGUACACUGAGGAAGAUGCGGUUUCUUAUGUUAGAAAGGUUAUUCCAAAGGACUAUAAAACAAUGACUGCCCUGGCAAAAGCCAUCUCCAAGAAUGUGCUCUUUGCUCACCUUGAUGACAACGAGAGAAGUGACAUAUUUGAUGCCAUGUUCCCCGUUAUGCACAUUGCCGGUGAAACAGUCAUACAACAGGGUGAUGAAGGAGACAACUUCUAUGUCAUUGAUCAAGGAGAAGUGGAUGUUUAUGUAAAUGGAGAAUGGGUGACCAGCAUUGGGGAAGGAGGCAGCUUUGGGGAGCUUGCACUGAUCUAUGGAACACCAAGAGCUGCUACUGUCAAAGCCAAGACAGACCUGAAACUUUGGGGCAUCGACAGGGACAGCUACAGACGCAUUUUAAUGGGCAGCACACUGAGAAAGCGAAAGAUGUAUGAAGAGUUCCUGAGCAAGGUCUCCAUUUUAGAAUCAUUGGACAAGUGGGAACGCCUUACAGUAGCAGAUGCGCUAGAACCUGUUCAGUUUGAAGAUGGAGAAAAAAUUGUUGUUCAGGGAGAGCCCGGGGAUGACUUUUUCAUCAUCACAGAAGGCACAGCUUCUGUUCUUCAGCGCAGAUCUGAUAAUGAGGAGUAUGUAGAAGUUGGAAGACUUGGUCCCUCAGAUUAUUUUGGGGAGAUAGCGCUGUUGCUCAAUCGUCCCAGGGCAGCUACUGUAGUGGCACGUGGGCCACUGAAGUGUGUCAAGCUGGAUCGUCCCCGCUUUGAACGCGUACUCGGUCCUUGUUCUGAAAUCCUCAAGAGAAACAUUCAGAGAUACAACAGUUUCAUUUCUCUUACAGUCUAAGCUGUUCCAUUGGGAAUGCUGCCUUUGUGUGACCCUGUGCACUUAAAUUUGACCUGUGCAGCUCAAUAGCUUUAUGAAAAGAAAAAAUGUGUGUAUUUUAUGUGUCUUUUUCUGUCUAUGUCUGAUGCACUGGAUAUAAAUCCCGAUGUUAUGUAUCAUUAAAGUAGGAUGACAACCAUUUGGAUAAGACUAUCUUUUAGGAAUGUUUAUGAAUAGUUAGGUUUUCGGCUUCCAAGUUAGAUUGCCGUGUGUUACCCUGUAAAAUACUUUCAUUGUGGAUUUUUAACUACGUAAAAAUACCUCUGAAUCUCUAUUUCUCCAUUUAUCUCAGCUCAUACUCCUGAAAGUUAGUCCUAUCCAUCCUUUGUCAAACAUUUUUAAAGGAAUAUACAUGCCCCUCUGCCCUUCUGUUUAAAAUGCUCUUCCAUUGAUAUAGCUGGGAAGUUUACAAAAUACCACCUCACAAAGGACAGGUGCACAAUGUAAGGGGCAAGGCAAGAGGAAGAUUUUGAUAAUUACAGUACUCCAGGAAAGACUAGAACCUUAGGUCAUUUUGACUAUUAAACCUACAGGUCCAGAUUUGUCCCUGACACAAGUUCUUUGAAAGCCCUGGAACUACAGUAGGGAUAAAUUUGGCCCUGCUCCAAUUCAGCUUAGAAAACAAAGAUUUCAAGAUGUGGGAUUUUUUGUAAGUGUGUGAGUGUAGUUGUUGCUUGCCAAAGUGGGUUACCCUGAGUCUUUUUAACUAAGGGUCUGUCUACACAGCAAAGUUAUUUCAAAAUAACAGCCCUUAUUUUGAAAUAACUUUCCUAGCAUCUACACAGCCAAACCACUAUUUCGAAAUAAAUUCGAAAUA